CCCCCUGCGCCAGACGUUUUCGCCCGGAGUCGCCGCGGUUUCCUGCUUCAACAGUGCUUGAACGGAACCCGGUGCUCGACUCCUCCGACCCCCGUCGGCCACUUCGAGCCAGAGCCCUUUGCAACUUCGUCGCUCCGCCACUCCAGCGUCGCCACUGCGCCUCGCCCAGCCGCCACCAUGACCACCACCGCGUCUCCUUCGCAAGUGCGCCAGAACUACCACCAGGACUCGGAGGCUGCCAUCAACCGCCAGAUCAACCUGGAGUUGUAUGCCUCCUACGUCUAUCUGUCUAUGUCUUGUUAUUUUGACCGAGAUGAUGUGGCUCUGAAGAACUUCGCCAAAUACUUUCUCCACCAAUCUCACGAGGAGAGGGAGCACGCCGAGAAACUGAUGAAGCUGCAGAACCAGCGUGGUGGCCGAAUCUUCCUGCAGGACAUAAAGAAACCAGACCGUGAUGACUGGGAGAGCGGGCUGAAUGCAAUGGAGUGUGCACUGCACUUGGAAAAGAGUGUGAAUCAGUCACUACUGCAACUGCACAAACUGGCUACUGACAAGAAUGAUCCCCACUUAUGUGACUUCAUUGAGACACAUUACCUGACUGAACAGGUGAAAUCCAUUAAAGAACUAGGUGACCACGUGAGCAACUUACGCAAGAUGGGAGCCCCUGAGUCUGGCAUGGCAGAAUAUCUCUUUGACAAGCACACCCUGGGACACAGUGAUUAGAGCUAAGCUGACUUCCCCAAAGCCACGUGACUUUGCUAGUCACUGAGGCAGUGCAUGCGUGUCAGGCUGCCUUUAUCUUUUCUAUGUGUUGCACCAAAACACCUGCUUAAGUUCUUUAAUUUGUACCAUUUCUUCAAAUAAAGAAUUUUGGUACCCA